AUGAGCAGUGCUCCAAUAGUUCUAGACCAGGGAACCGGGUUCGUCAAGAUCGGCCGGGCUGGAACCAAUUUUCCUGACUACACAUUCCCCUCCUUGGUCGGAAGACCCAUUUUGCGGGCCGAGGAGCGAAAUGCGUUGGUGCCUGACAACAUCGAAAUCAAGGACAUCAUGUGCGGGUCCGAGGCAAGCGAGGUCAGGUCGCUUUUGCAGAUCAGCUACCCGAUGGAAAACGGAAUCAUCAAGAAUUGGGAGGACAUGGAGCAUUUGUGGGAUUACGCUUUCUACGAGCGCAUGAAGGUGCCGAUCCAGGGCGAGAAGAUCUUGUUGACAGAGCCUCCUAUGAACCCUUUGAAAAACAGAGAAACCAUGUGCGACGUCAUGUUCGAGAAAUACCAGUUUGGCGGCGUGUAUGUGGCUAUCCAGGCCGUAUUGGCCUUGUACGCACAGGGCCUAAGCUCUGGUGUGGUGGUUGAUUCUGGAGACGGAGUCACGCACAUUGUGCCGGUCUACGAAUCCGUGGUUUUGAACCACUUGACCAGGCGCUUGGACGUGGCUGGCAGGGACGUGACGCGUAACUUGAUCAACUUGUUGUUGCGCCGCGGAUACGCGUUCAACAGAACCGCGGAUUUCGAGACCGUGCGCCAGAUCAAGGAGAAGUUGUGCUACGUAUCUUGCGACUUGGCCUUGGACCUGAAGCUUGCAAAUGAAACCACCACCUUGGUGGAGCAAUACGAGUUGCCGGACGGCCGGGUGAUCAAGCUCGGGUCCGAGCGGUUCGAGGCGCCCGAGUGCUUGUUCCAGCCAAACUUGGUGGAUGUCGAACAGGCAGGUGUAGGCGAGACCUUAUUCAACACCAUCCAGGCUGCGGACGUGGACAUCCGUACGUCACUUUACAAGGCCAUUGUGUUGUCCGGCGGCUCGUCGAUGUACCCGGGCUUGCCUUCUCGGUUGGAAAGGGAGUUGAAGCAGUUGUGGUUGACCCGGGUUUUGCACGGAGACGCGUCGAGAUUGGACAAGUUCAAGGUCAGGAUCGAGGACCCUCCCAGAAGAAGACACAUGGUUUUCAUUGGAGGCGCGGUUUUGGCAAACAUCAUGGCCAACAAGGAGCACAUGUGGAUCUCGAAACAGGAGUGGGAAGAGCAAGGCCCACGGGUGUUGGAGAAGUUAGGUCCCCGCUGA